UCGGGUCCCCUCCAUCUCUCUCUCUCUCUAUAUUAUGGGAGUCUUAUAUUCUCCACUAAAUCAAACCCCCCAUUUUCAUUUCUUGCUAAUCAAUACUCCAUUUCCCUUUUUGUUUUUAUUUUCAAUGUGUUUCUUUGUAGAUGAUCCAGGGCUAAUUUUAAGCCAUUUCCUUUACAAAACAGCUGUUUUUUUAGCAGUUUUAAGAUGGGUUUUGUCUUGGCUUCUUAAUCUUAGAUUCAAAGACAUAAACUCUUUCUUCUUCACUCCUAAAUUUUCAUCAAAUUCUCAUCAAAUUUCUUCAGACAUGAUCAGAGACAACUUGGUUUUAACAACCUAUGGGGAUGCUAAACAAAGGAUGCCUUGGGUUUCUGACACGUGUGCUGUUUGCUUGUGUGAGCUCAAAGAAGGUGAUGAUGUAAGGGAAUUGAGGAACUGUUGCCACGUAUUCCAUCAAGAUUGCAUUGAUAGAUGGGCAGGCUAUGAUCAUGAUCAUGAUCAUGAUGAUGGAGAUGAUAAUCAUAAGACUUGUCCAGUUUGUAGGGCACCUUUGCUUACUUGUUCUCAAAGCUUUGGUUGGCCUAAUAAUGAACCAAGUUGGGCGGUUGAUAGGUUACUUUACCUAUUUGGUGAUGAUCUUCUUCCUUAGAAGUUAGAACCACAUAUAUUUAAUUAUCUACUUUUUUUUUAAUAUUUAAUUUUAUAGAUUGUCAACAAAUUAGGUAAACUAGAUUGUAUUAGAUUUUAAAUGAUUUUUUAUUUUAUUUUUAAUGGACUCACUAAUAAUGAUGUAUGUAUUUAUACCCAAUAUAUAUAUUUUUUUAAUUU